AUGAUAUGGCGGAAGCUUUUUUCUGUUUUCGAGGUUCAAGAAAAGAAGUUCAUUAAUCUCAAAGCCAAGUUCUUCCAGAAAAAUGGAGGGUUAUUGCUAGACCAGCAUAUUUCUUUACAUGGAAGCACAAAAACUUUUGCAGCCGAGGAGCUAGAAGCGGCCGCUGCCUAUUAUAACCAGAGUCACACUUUUGGUUCAGGAGAAAGUGGAACAGUUUACAAAGGACUUUUGUCCGACGGCGUGACUGUGGACAUAGUGAAAACGGUAGUGCGCGAGGGUCAAAUCGAGCGUUUUAUAAAUGACAUUGUCACUCUUACCAAAAUCAACAAUGAAAAUGUGGUGAAUUUCUUGGACUGCUGUUUAGAGACUGAAGCACCCAUGUUAGUCUAUGAACUCGCCUGCAACGGGACCUUAUUCAACUACAUUCAUCAUGCUAACGGGAAGAGUUCAUUGCCUUGGCACGUCCUUUUGAAGAUAGCCUCAGAAUCUGCCGCUGCUCUUGCCUAUCUGCAUUCUGCAGCAGACUCAUCAAAAACAAUGAUCAUUCGUGGAAUUGUCAACUCUUCCAACAUAUUAUUGAGCGAUUGUUUCACGGCCAAAGUCUCCGGUAUUGGACCUUCAAGGUUGGUCCCAAUCCCUAGUAAUGAAUCCCAGAUAACUACAUUGGUACAGCAGACGGUUGGUUAUUUAGACCCCGAAUAUCUAAGUACGGGCCAGUUGACAGAUAAGAGUGAUGUUUAUAGCUUUGGAGUCGUCUUGUUAGAAAUUUUGACGGGAGAGAAGCCAUUGUCUUUUGACAGACCCGAAAAUCGAAGAAUCAUAACAUCCCAUUUCGUUUCAUCUGUGGAACAAAAUGGCCUGUUUCAGAUCGUUGUGUCGCAACUUGUAAAUGAGGGAAACAGAGAACAGCUCAGAGCUGUUGCAGAGCUUGCAAAGCGCUGCCUCAAGUUGAGUAGUACCGAAAGGCCCACGAUGGAAGAAGUGGCAGGGGAAUUAAGGAGGCUGUGUGACAGCACGCAUAAUAUAGCCCCGUGGCUCAAUCCCGCUUGCUGUGAAGCAUGCCUAGCUCCUGGUUGA